AUGGUUCCGGAGCAUAAUGGUUACUCCUACGCAAAGGACCAGCCUAUGGGCUUCAAAAAUCGCAUCCAACAUGUGGCGAUAGUUGGGGCCACUGGAAAUUUGGGAAAAUUUGUUACCUCGGAGCUUUUGAAGACUGCGGGUCAUAAAAUUACGGCUUUGACCCGUUUGGGCAGCAAGUCAAAGCUGCCUGAAGGUAUCAAGCAAGUGCCCGUUGAUUACGACGAUGAAGACUCGCUUGUCGACGUUCUCCAGGGUCAGCAAUUUUUGAUCAUAAUUCUAGCCGUGAAUACGCCUCCGGGGGUUCACUCCAGAAUUGUGAAGGCUGCCGGAAAAGCAAAGGUGCCUUACAUUAUGCCAAACUCGUAUGGUGGAGACAUUGUCAAGGGUGCACCAAAAGACGAUUUCUUGCCCGUUUACUCCAAAAAGGAUCUUCAGGAAAUUGAAGACACCGGCUCGUCCUGGAUUGUUAUGGUCUGCAACCUUUGGUAUGAAUACAGCCUGGCUAUGGGCCCGACAUGGUUUGGCUUUGACUUCGCACAGAGAAAACUGACUUUGUAUGACGAUGGCAACACAAAAUUCAAUGUGACGACGUGGGAGCAAUGUGGUCGAGCCAUCGCAGGUCUUGUUUGCUUGAAAGUAUUCCCUAAAAAUGAGUCGGAUGCCGAUCCGACUGUCAGUGGUUUCUGCAACAAGCCACUUUACAUCUCCAGCUUCCUCAUUUCUCAGAAUGGCAUGUUCAAGAGCUGGAAGCGGGCCACCGGCGAUAAAGAUGAGGACUGGUCUGUUGGACAGGAAGACAGCAAGGAGCGCUUCAACAGGGGAAUCGCCAUGAUGAAAAAUCAAGACCCACGUACUGUCCGCAUCGGCGUGGGCAUGGCAUCGUUUGUGCGCAUGUUCUUCCCCGGUGGAGACGACAAUUGCGAGAGCAAGCAUCAAUUGCACAACGACUCCCUCGGGCUUCCUAAGGGGUUGCUGGACGAGCGCACAACGUUUGCUAAGAAACUUGUAGACGAGGGCUAUGCCGCGAAGUUGUUCAGGCGUGCAGCUGAGGGGAUCAAUCAUGAAUAG